UUAGAUUUCUAUAUAUCCACUUUGGUUCCUAUCUUAAAUAAUUUCAGCUCUUCUCAGGUUGCGGUCAUCUCAAACUGUAGCAUUUUGGCAGCAGUAGGCCAGAAAAUGGCAAGUACUCCUGGAGUCAGUGCUACACUUUUCAAUGCGCUUGCAAAGGCUAAUAUUAAUGUCCGUGCUAUAGCCCAAGGUUGCUCAGAGUACAAUAUCACUGUGGUUGUCAAACAAGAAGACUGUGUGAAGGCCCUAAGAGCUGUCCACUCAAGAUUUUAUUUCUCUAAAACCACGAUAGCAGUGGGUAUUGUUGGAUCUGGAUUGAUUGGUGGCACCUUGCUUGACCAGCUCAGGGAUCAGGAUCUUAUCACGAAGAAGAGGAUUGCUAAUGGUAGAGAGGAACAUGGUCUCUACAUUCUGGAUUAGACAUACCAGUGUUUUUUAAGGCGAAAAGCGAACCGAGGCGACAAGGUCUCCUAAUGCUUAAGCGCGAGGCGAUAAGGCAAGGUGAGGCGAGGGCUUCAUCGAAUUGAGGCGACCAAAAAUGAUAUUUUUUUUAAAUAAAUGGUAUAGAC